CAACCAUACCUACCGGAAGUAUUUUUUGUUAGGAAAGGUACAAAAAUGGCGGAUGCUGAUGUUGAAAUUCUUCUCAAGUUUGAAGGAGGUCAUACAAACACCAUUCUGUGUGUUGACAGUACACCUGAUGGCUCAAAAAUAGUGUCUGGUGGGGAGGAAGGAGAAAUUUGCAUAUGGGCUAGAAAUGGAAACCUCCUUCAUAGACUCCCAAGUCAAGAUCAUGACUGCACGAGUGUCACAUUAUCAAAAUCAAACUCUAACAUAUUCUAUGCUGCUGUUGGAACCACUGUUAAAGUAUUUGAUGACAGGGAUUUGCAGGCAGCAGUAGAAACCUAUCAAUUCAAUGAGGAUGAGAUUAACCAGCUGGUCCUGGAUGAAAAAGAUCAGUAUCUUGCUGCUUGUGAUGACUCUGGUGAGAUAAAGAUAAUUUCGCUUCAAGAAAAAAGGUUGUAUAAAACCUUGAGGAGGAAACAUACCAAUAUCUGUUCAACUGCUUGUUUUCGCGUCAGAAAGCCUUGGGAAAUCUUCACUGGUGGGAUGGAUUGUAAUCUUAUCCACUGGGACUUCUCAAGACCAAAGUGUGUUAACCAGUUCAGUAUGCAGGAACUGCAGGAUGCCCCAUCUGAGCUUGGAGUGUACAUGGUGAAUCCGCCAUUUUUACACCAUCUUUCAAUGUCCCCAGAUGGAAAAUACCUGGCCUGUGCUUUAGAGAAUGGAUUUGUGUCCAUCUUCGAUGCAACAAAGAAACAAAUUUCAGAACUCUUCACACUGCAUGGUCAUACACAAGGUGUUUCGCAGGUGACUUUCAUUACUGAAACAAAGUUGAUCACUGGGGGGAAUGAUUGUGCUAUCAAUGCAUGGGAUUUAGCAAAAAUGGAAGAAGAUAACGAUCAGAUGCCACAUAAUGCAACGAAUGGACAUGCCUCACCCAUUCAUAAUAGAAACAGCUACAUUACAGAUUGCUGUAAGAUCGGAGAAAUCCAUCAUGAAUCGAAGAUCAACUGGCUGAAGUACUUUGCACAUGAGGAGCGAAGCUUUGUGCUGGUCGCUGACCAGACAAGUGCUCUCACUAUGAUACCAGUUUUUCAGAUGUGAUUUUUGGUCUACUGUGAACUACAUACAUGUAGAUCUAGAAAGAAAAAAAAUGAAAAUAUUUUUUUGUAUUGUACACCUGGCUCCAAUUUCUCGAAUCUUUACAGGCUUAAGUAGCUUAAUUCAAUUAGCCAAAUUACAUACAUAAAUUUAAUUAUGAUAGAUGAAAAAUGGUUAAUUGUGAUUAUCAUAAAGAUUACUCCUAUCAAAAGUAUAAAAACACUUAAAGAAGUACCGGUAAAUCUUACGCAAAUAAUUGAAAAACAAAAAUACUGAGCUUUAAUAGCUUAAUCCUGCUAUAAGGGACUUAAGAAGUUUCGAGAAAUUGGGGCCUAUUCUUUCAGUUUAAGUAUAAUUUUGGUUUGAAGUAAAACCUUCUGUUCCAAUUUUAAUUUGAUUCUUGGCUUCUUGUAGUAAUAUGCAACCUAACGUUGAAAGUGCUGGUUUGAACUUUGGUGAUUAAGUGCUAAUUUUGUGUAAAAUUAAGCGUUUAGUGUGACAUGCUUCGUGCUAUGUGCAUUUUCGUCCUGAACUUGUUCUUGAAAAUUAUUUUUAAAAUGUUCAUAUUAUAUAAUAUUGCAAUAUUAGCUAUUUAUUGCAUUAUAGAUUUAGAGUUGACAGGUUUUUAGAAGGUAGUAAAAACAAUUUUUGACUGUUCAGUUGUUUGGAAUUAUUUGAAAAUUAUUUUAUUUCCACUAUGUGGUAUAAAGCUCUGUUAUAAGAAAAACUUUUGUUGUUUUCAUGCUAAUAAAACAAAUU